CACGUCACGAUGUUGUUUUAUAGCCAAUGAGAAGCAAGUAAGCCAGUGAGCACAGUUGCACAUGGAUUCCAAAAAGGAGACUGUUCCUCGCUUCAACUUUUGCAUUAGGUCAUGAUUUAUUUUUGAAACUGUGGCAGAUCAGUUAUUCGAAGUGAAGAGGAGCUGAUUAGACAUAUGAAAAAUUAGAAGAAGGUAUAUUAUCCUGCAUACGCAUACAAACCCAGUGAGGACCGUGAUGGAGAAACCACUGGUUCAGACACAGGCUUCUACACUCCCCUUCUUUGACACAGCCCAUGCCUUCAACCUACUGCGAGGGAUUCAUGAGCUGCGGGCUGAACGCAAGUUCUUUGAUGUGACAUUGUGUGCUGAGGGCCGGGAAUUCCAUUGCCACCGGACGGUCCUGGCUGCUGCCAGCACAUAUUUCCGUGCCAUGUUUGCUGGAACGCUCCGCGAGAGUGCCAUGGACCGCGUGGUCCUUUAUGAAGUUUCAGCAGAGCUGCUAGGCCUACUGGUAGACUUCUGCUACACCGGCCGGGUCACGGUUACACAGGACAAUGUGGAUCUUCUUUUGAAAACAGCGGACCUCUUUCAGUUCCCAUCCGUAAAGGAGGCCUGCUGUGCGUUCCUGGAGCAGCAUUUAGAUGUGUCCAACUGCCUGGAGAUCCAAGACUUUGCAGAGGCUUAUGCCUGCCGUGACCUCGCUGCCAGCGCUCGCCGCUAUGUCCUCAAGAAUAUUGUUGACCUGGCCAAGGGCAAAGACUUUGAGCGGUUGCCCUGGAAGCGGCUGCUUGAGUUUAUGUCGGACAAUGGACUGUGUGUGGACAAAGAGGAGACUGCAUACCAGAUAGCAGUACGCUGGGUAAAGGUCGACCUGCAACGACGGCUGCACUAUUGGCCAGAGCUUUUGCAGAAGGUGCGGUUGCCAUUUGUGCGCCGCUUCUACUUACUGGCCCAUGUGGAGAGUGACCCACUGGUGUACCUCUCACCAUCAUGCCUGAGGCUGGUCAGUGAGGCCCGCAGCUUCCAGUCCUGUGAAUAUGACCGCCAUGACUGGCCCUGUCGUCGCAUGCACCCCCGUCCAUCCACUGGCCUAGCUGAGAUCCUGGUGGUGGUGGGGGGAUGCGAUCAGGACUGUGAUGAGUUGGUGACUGUAGACUGCUACAACCCACAGACGGGCCAGUGGAGGUAUCUGGCAGAGUUUCCUGACCAUUUAGGUGGAGGAUACAGCAUUGCUGCUCUGGGCAAUGAUAUGUACGUGACAGGCGGCUCAGAUGGUUCACGUCUUUAUGACGGAGUGUGGCGCUACAACUCAAGUGUCAAUGAGUGGACCGAGGUGUCGCCCAUGCUGAAGCCACGUGAGUACCACAGUUCCUGUGUGCUAAAGGGUCAGCUGUAUGUGGUGGCAUCUGACAGUACCGAGCGCUAUGACCAUGCUUUGGACUGCUGGGAAUCUCUUGCACCCAUGCUGCAUGCUAUGGACAACUGUUCGACCACCACCUGUCGAGGACGCCUCUAUGCUAUUGGUUCCCUCGCUGGGCAGGACAUUAUGGCCAUUCAGUGCUAUGACACGGGCACCAACCAGUGGAUACUUGUCAACUGUGGCCAACUGCCGCCAUGGUCCUUUGCCCCAAAGACAGCCACACUCAAUGGUCUCAUCUAUUUUGUCAGAGAUGACUCCGCUGAGGUUGAUGUCUACAAUCCUCUAAAGAAUGAAUGGGACAAGAUAGACUCCAUGACCCAGGUCCACGUGGGAGGCAGUGUGGCUGUUCUAGGGGGGCGUUUGUAUGUGUCGGGUGGCUACGAUAGCACCUUUGAACUGUCAGAUGUGGUCGAGGCAUAUGACCCCGAAACACACACAUGGAGCAUCCUUGGCCGGUUGCCACAACCCACCUUCUGGCAUGGCAGUGUCAGUAUCUUCCGCCAGUUCAUGCCACAAUCACAGAACGCUUUUGAACCGCUGGAACCCCCUGAGGUCAAUGCUGUCCAUCUCCACCGGCUUCACCGCCACCAGGCAAUCCACAAUCACAAUCUCAACCGCAACCAAAACCAAGGCAUCAAUCCUGCCCAGUGAGGCGCACACUGCUCUCGCUCAACAGGCAGUCUUGGGCUAUGUCAUGUUGUCAUGGUUACUGUGAUUGGCAGGUAAAGUGCAGCACACUCACUCAGCCAUCAUCAAGUGGACUAUGAAAAGACGGGGUUCUUUUAAGUUUGUUUUUUCUUUGCAGCAAUUUGUGCACGAAUUCAGCUGUCUGUUGCAUGCAAUAAUAGUAAGUCAAGAAAAAUCUACUUUUGUUCAAUGAAUGUGUCUUGUCCAGCAGGCUGGGAGGGUAGACCAUCCAUGAAAAUGGUGGAAAAGUGUUUGGCCAGUUCCAAUCUGCUCCUUUACAAAAAUCUAAAUCAGCAAUUACUGCAUCAAUCUAUAGUCUGUAUACACACUCCUCUAGACUGUUAGAUUUCAUUUACCCCAUACGUUCAGCUGCAGGAUUGGCUCAGAAUAGACAAUAAUAUGACUGCUUUGAAUUGGACAAAGAACAGUGGUUGCAGUCGAGGUUUGAGUGCGCUUGAAACCCGGCUUUAACUGUGUUUCAUGAGUAAAUUGAUUGGACCAUUUUCAGUUAAGGUGUUCCUUGGCAAUAGGGAAUGAUGUUACUAUCUGAAUUUGUCUGUGUAACCUGUAACCUGUUAUGAGACGUACAGUCUCACAGUAGAUUUGUAACCUUGGGCAUGGGAGCCUGGCGUUAGCAAGGAGGCUAACACUCAGAGGUUUAAGGCAAAAGAGAGAGAUAUUUACACCCUGCACAGGCCUCCAUGAGGACUAUUUUUCCAUUUUGAUUUAGUGAGUUAAAGGUCUACUUUGACAAUCAGAUGUCAAACAACAGAUGUGGAACUCUGAGUGCUUCGUCUAGUCAUGGGUACCAUGUGACGUCACCGUGCUUUAGCGUCGCCAUGUUUGUGUCCGACACGGUCGCAGUGCCCAUAGACAUAUAUAUAUAUAUUAUAUUAUAUACAUUUUUCUCAGCAUUAGGCCAUCUACAGAAUGGCCAAGUAUAAUGGAUAAUAACAUGAGUGGGUUAUACUACACAAUGCAAUAAAGAAACUGUUCUUAUUUAGGUUAAUAUACAUUAUUUUAUAAUUUUAUAAUGAAAACAUAAAUGCCAUAAGAUCGGAUUUACAUUUAUAUAGAUUCAAUAGUAGCAUUUCAUACAGUGACAGUUCUCAGUGAUCUGAUCGGGUAAGGUAGUGCAGAAAAAGGGAAUGAUAAAGCAGUACGAGUCACAAAUGUCACCUCUAUCAACUUUCUCCUGAUGCUGACGCGAGUCUAGAGGUCUCUAGCACUCUUUGUAAUAGUGGAGCCGAAAGGCAAAUGGAGGUUUCUGAACGGUUUUAUUUUUUAGCUCCCUUUGACAUGGAAAAUGCUUACAAUACAAAACACUGGUUAACUUAAGCAGUGUCAUCCAAACCGGGCACAAAUAUGGCGGCAGGCUUUUCGGAAGUGACGUCUUUGGAACCCAUGAAUAGUCAAUUGCACAGCAUUCGUGGUCUUGAGACUCUCCAUUGAAAUUCACGCCAUCAAUUGAAUACAGCGGUAUUUUUAAUUGUCUAUGUUUAUAACAUAAUUAGGUAGCUAGACAGCUAGUUGGAGCGGGAAAACACAGCAAAGUGUUGUGUCCCUACAUCGUACAUGGAUUAUUUUUAAUAUUAAUAUUUUUGUAUAUAAAUAAAAGGCUUAUUAAAGUGAAAAGAAACUUCAAAACACCAUAAUAAAGCUGAAAACAUACAUUCUUAUCCAUUAGUACCUUACUCACUCAUUGGUUAGAAGAUUCCUUUGAACUUUAGUUCAUGAGUUUGCAACAGUGAUGUCGUCAACUAGUUUAAUUCCAUUUACAACUAACCACAACCCACUACAAACAUGUCAGGGACCCACUUUAAGUUACAACUCCUAUUCUGAAGACCCAUUAUAUUCAAAUGUACACACAAAAUUGGAACAUUGUAACACUUGCAUUUAUCAAGCUCACUAGCUAGCUUUAGUCGAUAUCACUACGUUUCCAAGUGUGCAAAUAGAGCAGAAUAAUGGUAUGAUUUUUGUGUAAAUCUUUGCCAUUUACUUUAUGCUAUACCAGUGUUCUAAAGUGUUUUAUACUAUAUAAUAGGCUAUAUUGUUAUUUUACUUAUUUUUUAAGCCUCAAGGCUGAUAUGGAUAAUUUGGGUAGCCUUACAUAACCAUGUGUAGUUGCCAAUACUUCUGUGAAAGAAUUACUUUUACCAUUUUUACAAUUUACCCAUAAUACCUGGAAUUGUUAUUUCAUUUUAAUAUGAUCUAUAUUUUAAGAUUGCUAAUUGAUUUCAGAUUUGGGAUUAGCCAGUGUAUUUCACAACGAAGUUGAAAAUGUUUGUGAUGCUUAACUUGACGUGCAUCAUCUUCCAUUCAUUUGAUUUAUUGUUGGAUUUGACUUGAGAUCAGCGUUUGUCACACAGAGCUUUGAUUUGUUUGUCACACACUUUUGCUGCAGCAAACCACCAGAUUUCUAAUGAGGGAAUUCAAAACACUUGUGAAUUGCUUGAUACCUCACUUCAUCUCUUACACAGAGAAGUGUAGUGUAACUCUCCUGUACUGUAGCCUAUUUAACCUACUUCCUGCUACUAACCCACUACAGCUUUUUUUUUAAUAGGCACAAUUUACAUUAGCACUUCUACAGUGUUGAAACACUCAGUGUAUUGCUUCUACCAGCACACUGAAACAAAGUUAUUACCACAAUAAAGGAGAAACAAAAAGUAGCCUUUAAAGGGGCUAUAGAUUAGCCUGAUUAGCUGUCAGCUAGCGAGCGGAAUUAUUUCAUACCCCAAGCAGAUUGGGGGCAGUGUGUUACUAUGUUUUCACACCCCCACCUCCCUUUUGCAGAAGUAAACAAAAAGUUUGUUUAAUGUUAACCAUUAAUGUUAACUGAUGGACUUGUCACUGAGCUACUUGUUGAUAUUAACUACAGAAUAGCCAUGUUUACUUGGCUCUGUUCGUAAAAUCAGUCCAGCACAAUCCAGAAAAUGGAUUGAGGCUCUGUAGUUCAAGAAAUAGAUUAUUCCAUUUCUCCAUGACUUCAUUUACACUUUAGCUGUCAUUAUUUUAGCCUCUAAAAUGUGAUUGUCAGCAAUGGCGUUUUUAAUUGCUAAAGUGUGGGGGUAAUGCCAGUGACCGCAUCCUUGCUUAUCCUUGCUAUUUUCGCUACGUUGGCUCACGCGCCUCUUGAGAUACAAAGUGGUAUUAUGAGAGAAGACGGGGCUAGCUAGUUAGCAUGCUAACUUAGUGGAUAUCUGGGUAACACGGAGCACAUGUUGACAUUUCUUCACAUUCUGUUGCUAGUUCUAGGACAUUUUAAGCUAAUUUUUUUACAUAUAGCACCUUUAAAUGGGUGGGUCCACAAAUCUGAAAUAUUUACAUCAUGAUAGCCCAAAUUUAAGAUUACAUUAUGCUCACAAGUGAGAUUUACAAGUAUUAUGGUGGCAAGUUCACUUCUGUUAGUUCAUACAUCAUAGCCUGCAUCAUGAAAAGCUUUUCAGUGCUACAGGGUACAAAGAGGCAUUGCAGAGCUUUUGUGUCAAACUAACACGACAAACACCGACAGCACAGUUGGCACUAACUAUCUAGCUUGCCAACUGAUGUUUGUUAGUCUUAUAUUUGGCAAUGUAGUGCUGUGAAAGCUGUUCAUACUUUUCUAACCUAGAGCAUAAUACUACCUAGUGCUUAGCCUGGGAGACGCCAAGAACAACAACUGUGCUCAUCUCUCCUUCACAUGUUCCAUCAAAAUGAAUUUGAGGAGAAGUCAAGUGAACUAGCUUGUAUUUAGGACCAACCCAAACGCUCCUCUCCUAGGUGACCUGAUAUUAAAGAACAAUGAAAUAUGGUCAGUAAAACACAGGAAAAGAGGUGGACAACCAUAAAAGGUCAUUAAAUAGUCUACUGCACUAUAUUUCAGGAUGAUCCAAUGGAAAUUUAGAAGCUUUGCAUUUUCUUUUCACUUCAAAACACGUUUAAUGUUAAUAUUUUCAUCAUAUACAUACUAACAGAAUGGAAAAACUAAGUACCUUUUUAAAGAUCUGUAUGGCAAAAAGCAUUCAUAAGCAUAAGAAGCUUUGUAUCAAGCACAUUUUUCAGACCUGACUGGUAAUUUAGAAGGAUGUGUCUUACAGGAAAACCUUUUAAAUUGCAGUUGAAACAGGCCAAACCAACCUCGAAGUGUUGGGUUCAAUGAAACGGUAUCCCAGUGCCUUUCAAAAUGGAUGGAAUAUAAAUAUGGCUUGGAAACGUAAUAUAGAAAACCUUUGUGUAACCUUAUGUCUUCCAUGUCAAGAUAUAGAACGUUUUGCAAUCUCAAUUAACCAAACCUACAUUCAAUCCUAUAGAUUUGUUUGCCUUCAUAAUAAUUUAUUUUUUCAGUGAAUCUGACAUUUGUGUUUGUAUUUAAGUAUUUUGUGAGUGAAUGUUCAAGAUACAGGAAACCCGAAAACAACAUAAAAGCUAGGACACGAACAACAUAAAAGCUCGGACACUGUUGCUUUUACACGUUAGACUGUGUUAAGCACCAAACUGGAAGUAGACAUUUUUCAAUCUAAUCCUCAAUGAAACUAUGUGUUACUAUAUUGUUCCAUGAGUGUGAGUGUACAGUAUGUUAUGGCAAAACAAGAGUUCUUGUAUUUUCUUUUUUCAAUUUUAUUUAACCGUACAACAUUUGUGUUUGUGUUGUGGCAAAGAUUGUUGUGGUCUUAGAAGCCUUCUGGAUUUGCAUGGCGGUCAGGUCUGUGACUGAAUAAAGUGCAGGAAAAAAAAAGCUAA